CGACCUCCUUUCGCUGGUCUACCAGUCACCGCUCGGUUGCAUUGGUGUCGUAGGGCUUCUUUCCGUUCUUUUCAUUCCUCCCCUUUCUCGCCAGAGCCGGUAUCUCUUAUGUCUUCCAAGGUCCGCCGUACUUCUCGGGCUUCUGUCCGCCUGAGAAACUCUUUUACCUAUCCUCGGAUACAGAGCGCUAGUCGCAAACAGUCAGGGCCCGGUGCCGUUUCCAUUGAACUUUUGUCUUUCGGCACGGCUUUGGACUUUUCACCCUCACUUCGGCGCAUACGAACCACCAUGCAGUCUUGCCACAUCUCCACGCUUUUGACGAUCUUGCUCUUCGUUUGUCUUUUGACCCCAUGUCGCGCAGAGGAUGCCAACAAGGUGUUUGCAUGGGGUUUUGGUGGGCCGGAUCUGUCCACCGAGCUACCGAGUUGUCGUUCUAUCCCGAUCAAUAUCCUGCGCAAUGUGCACAUCAAUACUUCGGAAACGAGUCUAGGCAUCCCGCCGUAUUUCAUGGGUGUUUUCGCUAUCGGUGGCACCCCCAGCGUCACUCCAAUCGGCAGCAAUGCUUCGAGUUUGUCAUGGACCGUAGAUCAGCCUAUCGGCACGAAGCUCUUGCUGACUGUCUUUGACGGGACUGGGAGCUCAGGAGGCGUCCCCCCGCUAUUGUAUGAAGUGGUUGCAGGAUCGACGACACAGUGCAGCACGCCUGCAUCUACGGAGCCUGCAUUUACUGUGACCGCAAACGUCACCGAUUCUUUAGCGACUUGUGCGCCGUGGGGCUUGACGAUUGUUGGUGGGCAGCCACCAUACAAUAUCACAAUCGCCGCGCUCAACUCCCCCGUAAUCACCAAUGUAACUAUGGGGCCGAACUUCGACCAAUUCACGUAUAUCAAUCGGGCGGAGCCUGCGUCGAAACUCAUCGCCGCUGUGAGCGAUGUCAAUGGCCGUUGGGCUACAGGGACACCGAUCGUGACGACUGUUGGGUCAACAAACGCUGACUGCCCUGGUUUGAACAGUGUUCCUGGUCACGCUGCGGCCAUUCAAGCGCAGCAAAAGGCUGCUUUGAACGUAGCCAGGACCCAACAGCACACACUUGUAGUCGCAGGUGUGGUUACUACGCUUUUGGUGUUACUUGCGCUUGGCGCAAUUGCAGCCUUCCUGUUUUGGCGCCGGCGAAAGUUCAUGCUGACUGCACAAGCAAGAGCUCCGACAAGAUUUGAAGCUGGAAGCGCCUCUCAAAAUCCAUUUGAAGAAACGGGCUCACACAUUCUUUCGAUCACCUCGUUCAUCAAUAGCUCGUCCAGUGCACCGCAUUCGCCAGAUGGAUUGAGCACUAUCUCGCCCUCGCGUCUCAGUGUCAUAACUCCGGCUUCACUCGACAGGCGGCAGCUUGUCAAUGAUACUGAAUCGGUACAUUCGGCCGACUCUGGGACGGGCUCUGGUCUCCCCACCCGAAGUCCUGGAAGGCCUGCUCUGAACGGAUUUCCGACAGCGUCGGUCCGGCGCUCUGCCAAGGAAAUCGAGGCAGGCCUUCCCACGAGCAUCUCGAUGGACUCCGAGUAUUACACUAGGCCCGAACAUACCAUACCUGCAAUCGGACGCAGUCAAUCCGCAGCAGUCACGACGGGUGGCGUCAGGGCCGUUGAGAGGACCGUCCGUCUACCCACUCGCUCGGUUUCCCUUGGCGGUCCCGAAAUCAUCAUCCAGCAUGAAGAUGCUGGUACAGUGCGGGAAUUACCUCCUCCUUACGCUGAUCGACAUUAGUAUAUACAGUGACCGGUUGGCCCAUCGUCUUUCUUUUUUGUGAUUAUGAGAGUCAUCUUGCGCUUGAUUUCUUCUGAUACCUUAUCUUUUAUUAUUCUGCACUGUGUAUGUAUGCCUUGUGUACGACUCGCAUCGCCAUGAAAAGUGGUAGAGGAGAUCAAUACCGUAUUUGACUCUGCUUGACAACUGUACUAGACCACACAAAGAGCCACACACACAGAUUUUCGCAUCCAUUCACGAUGGCGCCGUUCUCAAAGCCGGAAGCCGUUCUCAAGCAGGCCGAGGGCCUUGUUGCUGUCGGCCAGACGCAUGCCGCCAUACAGUCUCUCACUGAACUCUUCGGUUCUAAACGCUUUCGAUCCACACCGUUGGCAUCGCUAGAGCCCAUCAUGCUUCGAUUCAUCGAACUCUGCGUUGAGACUCGCAAAGGGAGGACGGCCAAGGAGGGGCUGAUGCAAUAUAAGAAUAUCGCCCAGAAUACAAGCGUAGGGAGCAUCGAAGUUGUCGUCAUGCGAUUCGUCUCUUUGGCAGACCAAAAAGUGCGAGAUGCACAGGAACGCGCUCGAGCACACGAGGAGGAGAGGGAGAAAGCAGCGGGUGCCGUGGAUGUGGAUGUGGAUGAUCUGGAGGCGAGUGAGACGCCGGAGAGCAUCUUGCUGGGCGCUGUCAGCGGUGACCAGAGCAAAGAUCGCACGGAUCGUGCUUUGGUGACACCCUGGCUCAAGUUCCUUUGGGAGAGUUACCGAACCUCGCUGGAGACCCUCAAGAACAACGCACGGCUGGAGGCUAUCUACCAGUCGAUCGCGCAACAAGCGCUUACUUUCUGCCUAAACUACAAGCGACCGCUGGAGUUCCGUCGUCUUUGCGAUACCCUCCGUCUGCAUCUGUCCCAUACCGCCAAAUAUGCGCAUCAGCCCAUGCCAUCAACUUGGCGGACCCGGAGACCCUUCAACAUCAUCUGGAUACCCGUUUCCGUCAGUUGACAGUAUCCUCUCAGUUGGAGUUAUGGGCCGAGGCGUUUCGAGCGGCAGAGGACAUUCACCAUCUUCUGACGUUGGGAGGAGGCGCUGGCGGUGCGGCGGGCAGAAAGCAGGUGCUAAAACCUGGUGUUCUGGCGGCCUACUACGAGCAGCUUUCACGCGUGUUUCUCGUAAGCGGUAAUGCCCUUUACCAUGCUGCUGCGUGGGGCCGAUUGCACUCCGUCACAAUCACCGCGCCUUCUGCGACGGAGGGAUUCAAGAUGGACGAGCCACGUCUUGCUGGUCUCGUGCUCAUCAGUGCGUUGGCUGUGCCUGUUUCAGCUGCUACCACUUCGAUUUCCGACGAACGUCUUCCCGCGUUGUUGUCCUUGCCCAAUCCGCCGUCGCGUGCAAGCCUGUUAAAGGAUGCACUUUCCCGCGGUGCACUCAAGAACGCACCUAGUAUUGUCCGUCAAUUGUACGCCGUUUUAG